AUGCCGAAGACAUUUACAGGCUGCAGGACAUGCCGAAACAGAAAGAUCAAGUGUCCUUCCGAACGCCCAGAGUGCUCUCGAUGUAACAAAGCUGGGCUAGAAUGUCCUGGAUACGGACCCAUCAUAAUCUGGCUUCCGCCCAACCAAGAGAUUUCCAAGGCGCAAGGCAUGGGAGGAAUGCCACCUCCUGAGCUGACCUGGGCUGAUCAAGACGUUUAUGAUGGUCAUUGCCUGGAUCAGUUCAUCUCGGAAUUGUCCAAUAUCGCCGUCACACAGUUCGAGCGCUCGCAGUCACAGAGUGCCGUUCAAGGACCAUUUGCAGUUCUUUCGUUUCCACGCACAAAUUUACAACCUGCAAGGCUCUUUCCUUCGAGCCCUACGCUCAGUCUGGACCUGCAGCCGAGCUGGCUCCAGGAUCAGGAAAGCCAAGCACUCUUCCAGCAUUAUGUCUCGGUCAUAGCCUCUCGGAUGAUGCCUUAUCACGACACUCGAAAUCCAUGGAAGACGACAUAUCCCUCAAUGGCGCUGAACGAAGAUUCCUUGACUUACCUCGCUGUGAGGCAUGCGAUUCUCAGCCAAGCAGCGGCACAUCUCCAGCAUAUAGGUCACCGCACCAAGGAUAUGAGCGUUCUAGCAAAGGGCCACUAUGCCCUCAGCCUACGGUCUUUGUCUACGUACCUGAGCCAGAAUUCAGAGUAUGAGUACGGCGCGGUUCUCGCCAGUAUGCUGUCUCUUAUCAUGGCAGAGGUAAGUGUGUCUCAACGCGUCUCGGGGGGAUUCACCACUAAGAAAGGGCGUGUACAGAUUUACGGAGGCAAUUCGUUUGGGUGGAGGUAUCAUUUGCAAAAUGCCUGGCAUCUGGCCACUAAAUACCUUCCACAGAAGCCCUGGCUGUUUUCAGAGACGGCCUGGUUGACGACCCAGAGCCUCUGUAUGUUGAAGUUAAGAAUGGAUCUCGAACUGUGGUUGAGGAGCCCAAUCAACGUAAACGACCGUGACGGAAAUCAUUCGGAAGAUUCGGUCGAACAGCCGAAAGACCUCCUUGUCUUGCAAGAUUUGCUGGCCUCAGUAUCUAGUCGACCUGACGUUGGCUUUACGAUUGGCGUAUCUCCACGAACGGUCCAAGGACUGAGCAAAGCAGUGAGGCUGAUCCGUCAAGCCAACAGCUAUGGACUCACAUCAUCAUGUCGGUCCGAGGUUGACGCACUUACAGACACGUUGAUUGACCUGGAAACAAUGUACGCACAAGAUCCAGCCGACCUUCGAGCCUUGCACGAGAGAGUCUUCAUCUUGGGCAUCGUAAUCUUCCUACGACGCGAGACGAUCGAUCCUUCUCCGAGGGCGCUUCUUCGAUACACUUCUACCCUAUUUGACUGUAUGCAAGCCAUAGACGGGCUUUUCUGCCUUGAGCAGCCCAAGGACCGAAUACGCCGAGACAGCUCCCAUGUGUCGGUGUGGCCUGUAUUUUUUGCUGCCGUGGAAUGCUUCCGGCCGCAGGAGAUGAGGCUUGCGCAAAUUUGGUUGGACAAGUUGGGCAAAUGCGGGAUUGGGAAUCGGGAGGAUGUGUCCAAAGUGGUCCAUGGAGUAUGGAGGGAGCGUAGACGUCGGUGCCACGCUCCAAAGGCUGCACCGAUUGCUUUUCAUGGCGAAAAUGACGAACACGAAGCUUCUAUGGAUGAGAGUGACGGGAUGGGGGACAUCAUUGUCCCUUGGCGAGAAGUCAUGUCGCCUAUGGGUAUGGAUAUUCUGCUCGUGUAG